AUGAUAACUGUAAUUGUGAUAAGUUUAACUCUAAUCGUAUUAUAUCUAUACAACACAAGAAACUUUAACUAUUGGAAAAAGCGUGGAAUAAAAUAUAUAAAGCCUGUCAUUAUAUUUGGAAGUAUGCUUGAAAAUUAUUUGAUUCGAGAGAGUGUAACGGAAACUAUAACACAGUGGUACAAAGAAUAUCCUGGAGAAAAAGUAGUGGGUUACUUUCGUUCAUCAAAGCCGGGUCUACUCAUUAGAGAUCCUGAAUUGAUCAAAAGAGUUCUCAUUACAGAUUUUGCACAUUUCUACGAGCGUGGGCUUCACCCGGAUAAAUAUGGUAUUGAGCCACUUUUGCAAAAUCUAUUUUUCGCAGAAGGUGAUUUGUGGCGUCUUCUAAGACAGCGCAUGACACCGGCAUUUACCAGCGGCAAAUUGAGAGCUAUGUUCCCGUUGAUAGUUGAGCGAGCCGAACAAUUACAAGCACGAACAUUAGCAGCAUCUCGCGAAGGACGUACCAUCGACGCUAGAGAUUUGAUGGCACGAUAUACGACAGAUUUCAUAGGUGCUUGUGGAUUUGGUCUCGACGCGGGAUCUCUAAAUGAAGAAAACUCCGAAUUCCGUAAACUUGGCCAACAAAUCUUUGAAUUCAAUAUUACCGUGGUGAUCAUCACAAUAAUGAAACAUGCUUUCCCAGCUUUAAGUAGAAACUUGAAAUACACGCGCAAACUGGAAAAUCAAGUGCUCUCAUUGGUCCAACAAAUUUUAAUAAAGAGAAAAUACCAACGAUCCAAUAGAAAUGAUUUUAUAGACUUAAUGAUAGAUUGUAAACAGAAGGGUGUAAUUGAACUUGAAUCUCUUGAAAAAAUGAAAUCUGAUGGUACUCCCGAUCUUGUGAAAUUAGAACUAACUGAUAAAUUGAUAGCAGCACAAGUAUUUGUUUUCUUUGCCGCUGGCUUUGAAACAUCUUCAUCGGCAACUAGUUACACUCUUCACCAACUCGCACACAGUCCUGAAGUACAGAAAAAAGUUCAAAAGGAAAUUGAUGAAGUUCUGAGUAAACAUGACUAUAAGUUGAGUUAUGACGCUGUUAAAAGCAUGACGUAUUUAGAAUGGACAUUCAAGGAAGGUAUGAGAUUGUUUCCAUCCUUAGGAUACUUGGCUAGGAAAUGUACGAAAAAAUAUACCUUUCCAGAAUUAAACUUAACGAUAGAUGAUGGUGUGUAUGUGUGCAUACCCAUACAAGGAAUCCACACUGACGGUCAAUACUUCGACAAUCCAUUUGAGUUCCGUCCCGAAAGAUUUAGUCUAGAAAAUUUUAAUGAAACCAAUAAAUACGUUUAUUUACCAUUUGGUGAUGGUCCGCGCGCAUGUAUAGGCGCAAGACUAGGUCUGAUGCAGUCUCUAGCUGGCCUAGCUGCCAUUCUUUCCAAAUUUACCGUGAAACCAGCCCCUGAAACCAAGAAACAUCUCACUGUUGAACCAAAGUUCGAUAUUGUCCAAAACAUAGAAGGGGGACUGCCGUUACUCUUUAUAGAAAGAAAUGAGCAAAAUGAUAUGUAG